CUGGUAAGAGUCAUUAGGAAGGGGGCAAGUCUGCGAAGGGGUCACUGUUCGUGCCAGGUCUGUUAUUGUUGACGACAGUAGAGCCUCAACUUCAGGACAAAGACGUUCAGACCAAACAAGGCAUGCUUCACUUUGGACCCAGCUGUGAACAGCUGUUGACAGUUGGUUGAUGCACACAACUGGACUGUAUGUUGCCACCAGCACUGGACGCGGCCACCAACCUAGGAUGAAGGAAGCGAAUGAGUUCAAGUCUUGGCUGUCCCAGCUGUCUCGAGAUUUCUCGGACUUGGAUGACAAGCAACGCAACGAGACUCUGGACCUCUUGAUCGCCACCAGUGGUGCCAGUCAGCUGUCUCAUCUGUCUACUAAACUAGAGACGUUGCUGAAAAGAGAUUUCUUGCGACUGUUGCCCCUGGAACUAAGUUUCUACCUGUGUACAUUUUUGGAUCCUAAGACAUUACUGAGGUGCUGCGUGGUAAGCAAGCAGUGGAACAAGGUGGUGAGUGGGUGCUCCCAGGCCUGGCAUGCCGCAUGCUGGCAGAUUGGACUGAGGAUGGAUUGUGAUGAGAAGUCUCAGGAUGGACCACUGCUCAAACAUUCCUACCUGCGGGCCAUCUCCAGGCACAGGGACCUGGAGGACGGGACAGCCUUUGAGAGCACGACGCUGUAUGGUCACAGUGCCAGGGUGUACGCCUUGUAUUAUAGUGAGGGGAAGCUUGCCACAGGAUCUGACGACUUGUCUGUGCGACUGUGGGAUGUGCAGACAGGGAAGUGUUUGCACGUCAUUGAAACUCACACCUGCGCUGACCUGAAGUUUGACAAAGACAAGGUGGUGACAGCCUCGUUUGACAACACUUUGGCAUGCUGGGAUUGGGCUACAGGUCAAAGGACGCAGGUAUUUGUUGGCCAUGUUGGUGCAGUAUUCAGCGUGGACUACAGCGAUGAACUACAGCUUUUAGCAAGUGGAUCAGCAGACGGCACAGUCAACCUUUGGGCUCUGAACACUGGGGAAUGUUACAAUGUCUUUCGGGGGCACACUGAGUGGGUGACAAGAGUUAUAUUGAGGAAGUGUCAAGUAGAUUCUGUCCUCCAUAGAGCGGGAGAGUAUGUACUGAUCAGCAUGGACAGAAAUGAAAUUAAGAUAUGGCCAAUCAGCACACAGGUCAACUGCAAACCCCUCAGAACACUGGCCGUAUCAGAGGACAAGAGCAUCAGCUUGUUGCCAAGGUUACAGUUUGAUGGGCGGGCCAUUGUUUGUGCGUCCGACAUCGGUAUCCACCUGUGGGACUUUGCGACGUUUGAGCUGCGCAUCAUUCCAACUAAGCAGUGCUCCCCGGCUCUGUUAGGGUUCGGCAUGGUGUUCUCACUGAUCUACCACUGGCAGCACCUGUAUGUCAUGGACGUCAGGACUCAGAGGUACAUCUGUAAAUACCCGCUUCCUGUCAUCAGGAAGUCCAAGAGAGGCUCCAGUAUCAUUGCAGGGGACUGUGACUGGCUGGACGGGUUUGAACUGGAGGAGAAGCUAGGACUGGUGUUCGCCACCAGCAUGCCGGACCACAGCAUAUACUUGAUAAGGUGGAGAAAAAACGACACUUAGAGAGACACUGUCAAUGUAUUGAAGAGUGUUUAGCACCCAAGCUUCAUU